AUGGAGAAGGGAAAAACAGACAACCUGUGGCUCUUCAAAUCAAUUUUCUCUAAAAGGAGCAAUGGCAGCGAAGAGAUUGCCGACGCCAAUGCCGCUAACGAGAACCUCCCUAUCUAUUUCUUGUCUUCUCAUGCUAACUCCGUCGCCUUUCGUUGCUCCAAGAUUCUUGGCAUAUCAACAGAAUUGUUACAGGAGCAAUUUGAUUUUGAGGUCCCUGAUUACUUUAGGCAACCUCCUCUAUGUGCUAGGAACUUUGUGGAGUUUUGCUCGUAUAAGGCACUACGUCUGGUUACAUCACAACCCAAUUAUUUGAAUGAUAAGGACUUUUCCCGGCUGACAUUUGAUAUGAUGAUUGCAUGGGAGGCCCCUGGCGUUGAUAGUGAUCUCAUUCAUAGUGAAACCGUUUCUUGCGGCAAUCAGGAUGUGGAGGGUGAGGACGGUUGGUCAUUAUUCUAUUCCAGUUCCACCAAAAUGGCUGUUCAGGUUGAUAACAAAAAAACUGUUGGGCCAGAGGCUUUUGCUCGAAUAGCACCUGCCUGUCCAAUUAUUGCAGACAUUGCCACAGUUCACAAUCUUUUUGAUGUUCUGACAAGUUCUUCAAGUCCCCGGCUUCAUUUUUUGAUAUACAGCAAGUACAUUCAGAGUCUUGAAAAGGUCGCAAAAUUUAUGCAAAAUGCAGUGGGACCGCAUGUCCUUUCCAAUCUCUCACUGGCUGAUGGUGAAUUUAUUAUAGACGUAGAUGGCACAGCUCCCACCCAGCCAGUUUUGCAACACAUUGGGAUGUCUGCAUGGCCAGGGCGUUUAACAUUGACAAAUUACGCUCUUUACUUUGAGACUGGCGUGGGUUUAUAUGACAAGGCUGUAAGGUAUGAUUUGGCAACCGAAAUGAAGCAAGUUAUAAAGCCGGAACUAACUGGACCCUUAGGUGCUCGUCUCUUUGAUAAAGCUGUGAUGUACAAGUCAACAUCCAUAGCAGAGCCUGUCUAUUUGGAAUUUCCAGAAUUCAAAGGUUGCUCAAGGAGGGACUAUUGGUUGGAUAUCUGUCUAGAGAUUCUCCGUGCACACAAGUUCAUCAGGAAGUAUAAUCUGAAAGGGAAUCAGCAGUUUGAAGCGCUUGCUCGGGCAGUCCUUGGAAUAUUUCGGUUCCGUGCAGUUAGAGAAGCCUUCCACGUUUCCUCGUCUAGUUACAAAACCCUGUUGUGUUUUAAUUUGGCUGAGAGUCUUCCUGGAGGAGAUAUGAUAUUGGAGAUCUUAUCCGGUCGCUUGACACUUAUAAGUUCAACUACUAGUGCUGGUUAUCAUGAUUUUCGACAACGUUCCCCUAGCGCAAAUAGACAGCAGUUAUCUCCAGCUGCUCUCAUGACACUUGUUAGGCUCAAAAUUGUUUCAUCACAAGAUUCACAACAAAAUAUUGAAGCAACAUAUCAUCAAGCUGGAGACAUUGCUGUUGGUGAAACAAAUCCCUUAGAAGCUGUUGUUAAGCAGUUGAAACAGGAUACUGGGAUGGCUGAAGCUGCUCAAGCAACUGUUGACCAAGUCAAAGUGGAAGGAAUAGAUACCAAUUUAGCUGUGAUGAAGGAGUUGCUCUUCCCUGUUAUUGAAAUGUGUAACCGGCUAAAUCGUUUGGCUUCAUGGGAUGAUCCCUGCAGAUCAGUGAUAUUUGUGUUGUUCUUGAGCUAUGCGAUAUUCAGGGAUUGGGUCAGGUACAUGUUACCAUCAAUUUGCUUAUUCUUGUCGCUUGUAAUGCUUUGUCGCCGUUAUGCUUGGAAAAGAGUGCAACUGGAAGCAUUCCAAAUUGUAGGUCCGCCAAGUAAGAAUCCAGUAGAGCAGCUUUUAACAUUACAAGAAGCUAUUACCCAAACUCAGUCUAUAAUCCAAAGUGGUAAUAUAACCCUUUUGAAAUUACGAGCGUUGCUUUUUGCUGUUCCACCACAGGCAACAGACAAGCUGGUUCUCUUGUUGGUGGUAAUGGCCAUAGUUCUUUCUUUUGUACCAACGAAGUAUGUGAUAUUAGUUUUGUUUUUAGAGGGUUUCACAAGGAACAUGCCAUUAAGAAAAGAAAGUAGUGAAAGAGGGGUGAGACGAUUGAGGGAGUGGUGGAUCCGGAUUCCUGCGGCUCCCGUUCGGCUUACAAGGCCUGAUGACAAAAAGAGAAAGUAA